UAAUUUCUCUGGAGAACUACCCGACUCAAUUGGGAAUUUGAAGUCCUUGAAAACGUUGGUUGCCGUUGAUUGUAAAUUUUAUGGAUCCAUCCCUACGUCGCUCGGAAACCUUACGGAAAUGACUGAUUUAGUCAUCGGAUAUAACAAUUUCACUGGCAUGCUCCCAUCUUCACUUUCAAACCUUGGAAAUCUCGUCUACUUGGGAGUUCAGUGUAAUAAUUUUGAAGGUAAAAUCGCAGAUUUUUUACCUAAUGUAAAAAGUCUUCUUUAUUUAUAUGUUGGUUCAAAUAGCUUCAGCGGUCCAUUUCCAUCAUUGGGUGCAAACCUAACAAAACUUGUUGAGUUAGGUUUGUCGAAUAUUCAGCUAAGAGGACCUCUUCCAUCACAAAUAAUUGGACUUCCAAAUCUAGUGCAAUUACGUUUAGAUGAUAACUUAAUCAAUGGUACAAUUCCAUCUUGGGUCUUCAACUUACCAGCAUUGGAAUACUUCAACCUCAGUAAUAACAAAUUGACUGGCCAUGUAAAAGAGUUCAAAUCCAGUCAUUUAAUUGUUGUUGAUUUGAGCAAUAACAACCUACAUGGUAGGUUUCCAAGUUCAACCUUCAAACUCGUUAACCUUUCUAGUCUCAUUCUUUCAUCAAAUAACUUCAGUGGUGAGCUAGACAUGCUCUGUCAUGCAAUUUCCCUUCAAAUUCUUGUCCUAUCUAGUAAUAGCUUUAAUGGUUCUAUUCCACAAUGUUUAGGAAAUUUCAGCAUAUUUUUCUUUGUACUCGAUCUGCGGAAGAAUAAUUUUUCUGGCACCAUUCCUGAUACAUUUGCGAAGGAAAAUUUCUUCGAAACUAUCAACCUUGAUAGCAAUGGAUUUGAGGGGCCAGUACCAAAAUCUUUAGAGAAUUGCAGAAUGCUACAAGUGCUAGACCUUGGAUGUAACAAGUUCUCCGAUAAAUUUCCAUAUUGGUUGGAAAAUUUAACUUCGCUACAAGUUCUAAUUUUGAGAUCUAACAAAUUCCAUGGACCUAUACCAAAUUCCAAGUUCAAAUUUCCCUUUCCCAACUUGCGAGUUAUGGAUUUAUCAACCAAUUAUUUUACUGGUCCAUUGCCAAGAAAUUUUUUCAAGAAUCUCAAUGCUAUGAUGAAUGUUGACGAAGCUAGUUUUAAAUUGAAAUAUUUAGGGAUGUCUGGUGGUCCUUCAACAUAUUACUAUAAUGAUUGUUUGACUAUAGUAAUCAAAGGAUCAACAAUAGAAAUGGUAAAAGUCCUAACCAUUUUCACUGCAAUUGAUUUAUCGAAAAAUAAUUUCGAAGGUCAGAUUCCUCAGAUUAUUGGAAAGUUAAAUUCAAUCCGAGGACUCAACUUGUCUCACAAUAGCCUUACAGGUCAUAUACCAGCAUCUCUUGCUAAUUUGACAAUGCUCGAAUGGUUAGACCUCUCUUCCAACAAACUCACUGGGGAGAUCCCUCAACAACUAAAGAAUUUGAAAUCUCUUGAAGUCUUAAACCUUUCGCAGAAUCAACUAGUAGGACCGAUACCACAAGGCAACCAAUUUAAUACAUUUUUAAAUGGUUCCUACAUUGACAACUUGGCUUUAUGUGGACCUCCAUUGUUAAAUGCAUGCAGUCCAAGGACACCACAACCACCACCCUUGAUGUUUCAACAAGAAGACAAUACUUCAAGUGGAUUCAAUUGGGAAGUCAUAUUACCGGGUUAUAUAUGUGGGCUGGUGUGGGGACUUGUUAUAGGAUAUUUUAUGUUCUCCAGAGGAAAACCUCAAUGGCUUGUGAGGAUCAUUGAAGGUGAACGAAACAAAAGCGGAAAGAGAUUUAAAAAGCAUACUCACAGGAACAGAGCGAGGUGAUGCAAGUGGUGUCCUUUGUUGCGAUGCAUUUCAAUUUGAUCUUGGCGGCACAACUUUCGGAAUCAUGGCGAAUUGUGGUUAAGCUGAUGUAUUACGUAAUGCUGGGAAGUUGAAGAUAUGGUAUCAAAGGUUAGAAUGUAUACGUAUAUAUAUAUAUAUAUAUAUUAGUGGGUGGGUGUCUAUCGAUGAGUGUACUAUUAAAUCUGUAAAAUAUAAAAUUUAAUUUCGAUUUAAAAAUAAAUAUGAUAUGUGCUGCUCAAGUAAUAAAAACGUUUCUUAUAUUGAA